AUGUUGCCAGUGCUCUGGCUGUCAGUAUCAUCUAGUUUGUCAAACUGGGAACUCCAGUGUCAGUUACAAGGGGCUAUAGUUAUUGAUCAAUGGCCAGAUAUCUCCGAUGCUGACAUUCCUUGGUGGUAUAAGCCAUCUGAGGAGUCCAAUGAAGUUUGA